AUGGAUGCCAAAUAUUUCAAGGAAAACCUCGGAAUAUGUUUGGCUGAAGGACUUGCAGAGGUGGCGGAUCGCCGGCCAACAGACCCCAUCUGUUUCCUGGCCUCCUGGAUUUACAACUAUAAUGAAAAUAGAAAGAAAGAAGAAAAGAAAAAGUCCGAAAAUGACCACCUAGAACUUUAUUAUGAAGAACUUCUUGCAGAAUUGGAGAGUACAGAAAAGCUGAAGGCAGAAGAACUUCUGAUGGCCCAAAAAUUUGAAGAGCAGCAGAAGGAAGCCUUGUUGGAAACUGCUGCAGAUGAAGAUUUAAGUCCCAAAGUCUUGAAUGACAAAGGCGAAGACCAGGUGGAACAAGAUGUAGUAACUGAGAAGGAGAAUGAUGUACAAUCUGAAGGUGAUACUCAGGCUGAGAAAGACAGUUCUACUCAGGAUGGGAAUUUGGAGUAA